AUGCCCCUCACUUUCGACCUCGGCACGCCCAUCAACACCGCUCUCUUCCUCUAUAUUCUCUACUCUGUGCAGCGUAUCAUCUUCCCGGGAACCUCCAAGCCACGCAACAUCCCGCACGAGUUCAAGUCGGGAUACUCCUGGAUGCCCAAGGCGCACCCACCGACGGUGCUGUACCGCGUGUACACGCCGAAGACGCUCGAGCCGUUCAGUGGAAGGGAUGGGGGCAGGAUUUUGUUGGCGAUUAAUGGGAUCGUGUUUGACGUUACGGCGGGAAGGAAUUUUUAUGGGCCUAAUGGGAUGUAUGGAAACUUUGCGGGGAGGGACGCCUCUCGUGGCAUGGCGAAGCAGUCGUUCGAUGUUGAGAUGCUUACCCCCGUUGACCAACCGCUCGACACGCUGGCGGACUUGAAGCCAGAUGAGAUUGAGAACAUGAAAGGCUGGAUUGACCACUUCUCCAACAAGUACAUCAUCUGCGGCAAGCUCGUCGAAAACGGUGCUGCCUGA